AACCCAGAAAGCGACAUGGCUGCCGCCGGGCUGGGAGGAGGGUUUUUGAUACAGCCUGCGGCAGCAGUACCCACGUCACCGUCAUUUUCGCCACAGCCAGCAGCUCCCACCCGAGGGAAGCCUAAGAAGUGUCUGGUCUAUCCGCAUCCACCGAAGAGCUCCCGCCUGUCUCGGUCGGUUCUGCGUUGGCUUCAGGGCCUGGAUCUCACCUUCUUCCCCAGGAACGUCAACAGGGAUUUUUCAAAUGGUUUCCUGAUUGCAGAAAUAUUCACUAUAUAUUACCCCUGGGACCUUAAAUUGUCAUCCUUUGAAAAUGGAACUUCUUUGAAAGUCAAGUUGGACAACUGGGCACAGUUGGAGCAGUUCCUGGCAAGAAAAAAAUUUAAAUUACCUAAAGAGCUAAUCCAUGGAACAAUUCAUUGCAAAGCUGGAGUACCUGAAAUCCUGAUCCAAGAGGUUUAUACCUUGUUAACACAUCGAGAAAUUAAAAGUAUCCAGGACGACCUCGUGAAUUUCACAGACUACAGUUACCAGAUGCGUUUGCCCCUGGUUCCUCGGUCUACAGCUUCAAAGUCGAUUAAAGAUAACAUCAGGUUAUCAGAAAUAAUAAGCAAUCCCAACAUGCUCAGCAAUGAACUUAAAGUAGAGUUCCUCUUACUUUUACAAAUGUUGCAAAGAAAAUUAAGCAGAAAAUUGAAUCCAAAAUGGUUUGAGGUCAAACCAACAGUGGGAGAACUUACUCUCGAUCAUCUUCCUCCCCAAGUCUCUGGGCGCAAAUAUGAUGCCAUGAUUUCAAGGAAAGGCGUUGCUCCUGUUUCACGAAAUACAGGUACUGGUGGCAAUUCACUUAAGAAAUCUGUGUGAAGCAAGCUGGAAAACAUUCUUUUGAAUCUGCUAUGAAA